UUCAGUUCAUAACAGACUACAAAGAAAGAGAAUAAACCAACUCUCUCUUCUUCGAUGCAUUAGCGAACCAACUCAAAUGGACGCCUCCGAUGAUGAGGGAUUGAUUGCUUUGAAGAAAGCUUAUGCUGAUAUAAUCCUAAAUACAGCUAAAGAGGCGGCGGCUAGAAUUAUGGUUUCUGAGCGGAAAGCUUCAAGGUAUUUGUAUGACCUUAAUGCUGUUAAAGAACAAGGAGUUCGGAUGCUUCUUUUGGUUAAACAGAUGUCGGAUUCUAAGGUCAAUGAAGCAGAGGUUAUAUCAAUGAAUCAGCAGAGUAAAAUAAAACAACUUCAAACAGAGCUCCAGAAUGCUGAAGAUAUGAUCAAUGAAGGAGAGAGUGUAUCACUGAAUCAACACAGAAAGGUGGAUGAACUCGAAGCACAACUUCACGAAGCGGAGGAUAUAGUAAAAGAUUUAAGAGAAGAUCUCAGAAACGUACGUGCUGAAUUGGAUCAGUUUAAUGAUGGAAAGUCGAAUUCAGAAACUUCACACUGGCCUACGAUAACUGCUUCUCAAUCAGCUGAUGGUUUUGGUAGUGAUCUCUCGUAUUCAUAUCCCAAUCAACACUAUCUUUCUUCUCAGCCUAUGCUCCUUCCUCAAACACAAAAAUCCGAAAUAUCAAUAACUGCUUCCGACUUCAUCCUUAAGGUAUGCAAGACAAACAUGAGUAAUCUUCCCUCGAUAAUACUAAGAAGGAAGGAUGGUGAGUCUUACAGAAUUCGACGAACUCAGCGUAUACGUGCAUUUGAGGAGAAACUGACUACCGAAGAAUCUAUUAUUAACAAGGGAAACGUGGAAAAGGAGUGUGAGUCGUCGUCGCCCAUUAAGCCUUCAUACAGGAAAAGGAAACGUGCUAAUAAAUACAAGAGAAACUUAACUUCUACUGAAACUGAAACUGAAAGAGAAGCAGUAGUUGCUAGUAUUCCUGAUAAAGAGGAAAACUGUAGUAAUGAUAAUAACAAUGAUCUUCAGUCUGAAAAAUACUCUCCGGUUGCUGAAAGUAAUGCAGAAAUCGUCAAAACCAGUGGUGAGAAACUUUCGGUUUCACCUUCUAAAAAGGAACCAGAAGAAACAGACCAACCUGUAUCUAACAGGCUGAUCAGGUUUACAUUUCAAAGGAAGCGAAAGAAAGAGACUAACACGGUUAUUAGCAGUUCAGAUGGAGCUGUUGAGAAGCAAAUUGAACCAGUUGAGAUGAUGAAAAUGGAUCCUGGCUUAUCAGUAACAGAGUCUUCUCAUGACAUUCGACGUGCUGCACAGGUUGCUCGUCAGCUCAUAUCACUUUCAGAACAAAAAUGGUGGCAAUGAUUACAAUCUGGUAAGCUAUUGAACCUGAAGAAGAAGAUGAAGAUGAUGAAGAACAGAGCCAGAAUGAUGGAAUUUGAUCACACUUCAGUCGAGAUAAAUUGUAUAUGUACACAUUAAAUUAUGUCAGUCUUUGUUUUUUUCGUUUUCCGAUAAUAUUAUAUUAUUGGUCUUGAUUGUUUAAGUUAUUUGAAUAACUAAAAUCAAAAAUAUUAUUU